AUGAAUCAAAUUAACAACUUUCCUGUUGCUCAACAAGUCUAUUUUUCGACUCAUAAUGCUUUACGUGCAGGAGAAAAUGAAAUUCAAAAAUUUGUUUUGUAUAUUGACGAAUUGGAUGGGACAAAACGCGUACUUUUGUCAAUAUACCCAUUCUAUGAUUGCCAAAUGGUUAAAAGGUUAUUAAUUAAGUAUCUAGAUCUUCCAGAAGGUACUACUAUUCGUGAUGUUCAACUUUUUUAUAGAGGAGUUGAAAUUCCAAAUGGCAGGUUUAUGCAUACAUUUGAAAAACAAAGACAUCCAUUACAUUAUUCUCUUAGAAUGAACAAAUCAGAUUUUGGAAUUAGAAGUACUGGGCUUAAAUGGUCUAGUAAAAUUCAAAAACUUGUUGUCGAAGUUAAACUUGCAAUGCAGAGAAACGUACAUCCUAAACUUACGUUAGAUGGAACCGGUGCUACAUAUAGAAUGUAUAAUGCAAAAGGUCAAGUUGUUGCGAUGUUUAAGCCACUAGAUGAGGAAGCAUUCUCUCCAAAUAAUCCAAGGGGUUAUCAAGGCAAAUUGGGACAGCAGGGCUUUAGAUCAGGGGUUUUAUCAGGUGAGGGAGCUAGUAGAGAGGUUGCAACCGCAAUUUGGGACGCAUAUUACCAUAAUUUUGCAGGUGUACCCGACACUACAUUGCUUGAAGCAUGCCAUCAAGCUUUUAAUUAUGAUGGUUGGAAUAAAAUUACUCUUGAAUGGGGUGAUAUUUUUGAAAAAGAUAAUACUAAGGUAAAGAAUGAAAUCACUGUUGAUUGGAAAUUAGGAGCAUUUCAGGAAUUUAUUGCGACUACUGAAACUGUCGGUAAUUUUAAUCCAUCUGUAUUUUGUAUUAGAGAUGUACACCGUAUUGGAAUUUUGGAUAUUUGUCUUUUUAAUUUAGAUAGAAAUGAUAGCAACAUUCUUGUUGUUGCAAACCAGUCUAACUAUUCAAUAAAGUUUAAUAUUAUUAAUUCAAACAAUCCAAGCCCAGUAAUUUCACCAUAUGAACAUCCACUAAGCACUCCUGAUGGUAAAAAAACUAAGUAUAAGCUAAUUCCAAUAGAUCAUGGGCUCUGUUUACCUGAUGUUUUAGACGUUGCACAAUUUGAUUGGGUAUGGUUUGACUGGCCACACUCAAAAAUACCAUUUAGCCGAUCGGAAUUGAGAGUUAUAAAGUAUAUGGACCCAGAUGCGGAUGCAGAAAGGCUAAAAAGAAAGUUGCUCAUUAGAAGCGAAUGUUUAAGAAGUAUGAGAGUUUCAGUUAGAUGGCUAAAACUUGCAUCAUCAAUGCAUCUCAAUCUAUAUCAAAUUGCCAGUUUUCUUUGUAGAGAGGACCUAGAAAUCCCUUCUUCAAUUGAAUUACUAAUUCAACGUAGCCUUCAGCAUUGUUAUCGUGCAUUUGAUGCAACUGCAUUAAUUUCAUCAAAUAGAUUAGGGAACAUUCAUAUUGAUUUAGCGACAACUUCAUCCACGUCUAAUAGGGCAAGAAUUUUUAAUGAAUCACCAAAAAAGGUUCAGAAUGCAAAUACGGUAGAUAUUUUGGAUGAUUGCGAAUUAUCGGAGAAUUCAGAGCUUUCAGACUCUGAAUCUGGUUUUUCUUCUGAUAACUCAACUAUAAAAAGCAAAUGGUGGGAAUCGCGCAAGAGAAAGCAAAAAUCUUCAAGAAGUCAGAAAUCGGAUGUUCAUUCGUGCCCGAAUGAACAGCUUACACCUUCGAGCUUUCAGAAAAGUUGCUUAAAUGGGGUGUCAAGAAAUACAGCUUACAGGACCCAGUUAUUACUUGGACUUGCCCCCCAAAACUCCACAUGGAUGUUGUUAGACAAGGAGAACAACAUUAUUCCGAUUCAAUGGGGUGACAAGCAUUUUGAACACGUAUUUUUUGAGGUCUUAGAACAAGAAAUGAGACAUCUAAUUAUUGAUAAACAUCCCAAAUGGGAAGAGUACCCAUAUUUUGGAGAUGACGCAUUCGAUGAAAGUAAAACUAAGGAUAUUUCGGCUAGAGAAAAAGAUUAUUGCUAA